CUAUCUGGCGAAAGUGUCUUUCGAUUUCGCAUACAAUCUAAAGUAAUACUAGCAAUAUAAGUAUGAUAAGUGUGGGGAUCUGACGACCAGAAAUAUUGCGUCUUUUUCUCAUUUGUUUAUCUCGGCUAUUUCAUCCUUUCGACACCUUUUACUUCUAAAUUGUAUAAUGAUUGAGAUAUUGGAACAAAGUUUUCAAAAAUCUUCAUCGAACCAAAGGUUUGACCUUGUGCAAAACGAUGUGACCGUUGUCGCAAAUCAACAUGUUCAUGUGUUCGAAGAUGAAACACCAAGGAAUCGGUAUUUAUGGAUCAACAAUAGUCUCCUAAUUGCUCAUAACCAUAUACACGCACCAUACACACGCUUCCUUAAUGCUGCCUCGUACUUUCCUCCCACAUGGACCGGUAGAGGGGAACUGUUUAAGAUUGAAGCAUAUCUUCGGUUAUCUAUACCCUUAUGCAAAUGAUACACAUCUUACGUUCGCUCAACAACAACCUUGAUACUCCCGUCUGCCGGUUGCCGUACCAUCCAACAAAACACUGCUCUCGUUGGCACGUCAGCAAAUCCGUGGAACGUAAUUUAGAUCCUUUUGUUUUUCAAUCCCACUGAAAGACAUCCACCCAUCCGGAUCCAUAUCCUGCAGCUUCAACAGCAGAAAUUCUGCCCUUCUACACGCUAUCGUAUGAUAAUAACAAGGAUCAAAGAUGCUCAUAUGCUUCUUGAAUGCGCCCGGGGUGGUGGUUUUGCAGCGGGAUGUCUGUAUGGGAUAUGGAAUUCUCGCUCUCCCCCAUUUGCUCCGUAUUGACGGAAUUUUCGCGUACGAGCGGUUUUUGGUCGGAUUUUUGAGUUUGGCUGUGCCAUUUGCAUAAUUUCAACUCUCACCACAAUCCGAUUCACUUUAAUUGAUUGACUUUGAUAUGCUGAUCCGCCGCCGCUGUCGGCUGGUGAAGAGGUGUUGUCGACGUUACUGAGGUGCGAUAAUAUGCGUACAUGCGUAUUACACUGGAAGGAUACACCGGACAGGUUGUGGAAGAGGGUGUUCAGUACGUGAUUUCGUCGAACUGAUUUGUUGAUGCGUUCGAGUAUGAACCGAUACAUCGUAGACAGGGAGAAGAUGCUGUGAAUAGUAUAAAAGCAAGCUGUUGGACAAGGUCUAGCCAACAGUAGCAAAUCGAAUUUGGACUAGCGACAGUCAGUUGGUGGCACCUGUUGCACCGUGUGGUGUAAAGUGAAGUUACUUGGUGUAGCACGUUGGAAUUCAGAUUUACAAUUUAAAGAAAUCCGAACAAGCGAACAAGUGCUUUGAUUGUGGUGUGAUAAGAUCUGUCGUUCAAUAUGCUGCACAUUCGCACAAUUGCGUUCCUGCUAGUUGGGUUGAUAGUGCUCGUGAAUGCCCAAACGUUUCAGUACUCUCGCGGUUGGACAAAUGGCAAGCGAUCUUCAUCGGUGGAACCUGUUGCUAGUCAGGGCCCGGUAUCCGCGAUGUCCUCCGGGACAUUAAGCUCGUUAAAGCCAAAUGAAAAGACUUUACUGCGACGGUUUUUGCGGAAUCCCUGCGAUCUACGGGUCGCCAACCUGCUGGCUGGACAUCCGAGCAAAGAUCUCUACCAGCUGGCCGGUAAUAGCUACGACAGCUCCGAGUCGGCAGGAUCCGCAUUCAUUUUGCCGCAGUUCCUAAUGGAUCCCGAUGAGGGCAACGGAAACAGUAAUUUGCCCAACGGCGGUCGUCCGAUGGAGGAUGAAUUGCGCUUUAAGCGCGGUACAUCGUCCGGUAUCGGUGAUCCUCGUCAGAAAAUUGCCUAAAAACCUAUCCAUCAGCCGUCAUCAUACAACCCAUCACAGUCAGUCUGUCUAAUAUUUGAAGAUGAAAGAAAGGAAGAACGGAACAACAACAUCCAAAUCUGCGGAAGCAGGUGCCUACAUUACUGGAUUGUCCACGUGGCCAUAAUUGUUCGCUGAAGAUGGUAUCCUCGAAUUGCACGCACGCCAACAGAAAACCGAUGAUUCAAUAAUGAUCCACUGGAGCAGGCGGACGAAGCGAUUAUUCAUUUGUUGCAGUUUUGACACGAUGUCCCCUGGACGGAACCCUCGCGAUGCUUUUUUCUCGUCUGUGCCGGGGUUGAGGUGCUGUUUCCGGUUGGUACAGUCGGUACAGGUUUGCAGCCAUAUAGUAAAAAACCGUGUCCGUGUACCCUGAGAGCACCUCAGCCCAUGGUUCAGAAGAAUAUCGUUGUAUUUUACACACGCGGGGGUUCAUGUAAGCAGCGGACUGUUGCGAAAAAAAAGUGUAUUAUAAUAGAAGAUAAAGGCAAGGCAUCUUGUCGCGUUGAAGCAUA